AUGUCGGAGGCUAAGAAAAAAUGUCCCCAGUAUAGUGUUGAAUAUUUGAAAUAUGGCUUUAUUUCAUCUCCCACCAACCAAACUUUACCCAUGUGCGUGAUCUGCCAGAAGAAAAAAAAUUUCAUACGCGGCCUACCAUUUGAGAACCUCUUCGCGUCGUCUUUAAAACAAGAUGAUGACGGACUGAGAGCUUCUUACAAUAUUUCGCUGUUGAUUGCAAAAACAGGUAAACCACAUACAAUUGGCGAAGAAUUGAUUUUACCACAUCGGCACCUAUCGGAUGUUAAUCUUCAAUUACAGGGUGAUCACUUGAAUUUAAUUAAAACCAAAAAUGUUAUUGCUGCUUUUAUGGGAAAAAUCCUUCUGUUCAAGCGUAAGUUAGGUAGGCGAAUAUAUUGUCAGCAUUUACAAAUUCUUCAUGCUGACUUCAAUGAGCAGUUCCAAGAUAUUCUUGAAAUGAACAUACCGGAUUGGCUUUUAAAUCCAUUCUCGCAGUUGAAUACAGCAGAGUCACCAAACUUAGAAGAAGAACUAAUUGAACUGACAACAAAUGAAGAACUUAAAGUGAAAUUUAAAAUGGGAUACCAGGAGUUCUGGCUCCAAAAAUCAAUACCUCAACUGUACCCUGGAUUAUGGGAAAUGGCACAGAAGUUUCUAAUCGCGUUUCCAUCUUCGUAUUUAGCUGAGCGAGGUUUCAGUGCCGUUCUCACAUAGCUUACAAAAAAAAGAAGCAAACUGCAAGUUACUGAACGUGGUGACCUUCGGCUAUUUAUAACGAAAAUUCAACCAGAUAUAAAUAAAUUAACAAAAUCGCAUCCUUCACAUUGAAAUCUUGAUUGUUCAAUAAACUCAGUAGAUAACUUCAUAUUUUCAAUAAAGACAAUAG